AUGUGGUCCAACUUCUUCGUACAGCAGGAUGACGAUGGUCGCAUCGGGGUGGCAGGGGCCGGACAAGGUGGGGGUUUGGGUGGAAUGAAAGGUGGAAGGGGACAGAGGAGGACGCACAAGAUGAGUGACAGCCAGGAGGGAAAGAUCAAGCUGGCAUUCUUUGUGGCUAUCAUUGGUGUGACCCUAACGGUGUUGGGCAUGGGGACAGAGUUUUGGGUGGAGCUGGCCCAACCAAAGAAUUUCAGCGGCAACCAAACCUGCCAGAUGGCCCAUUAUGGCUUGUGGAAGGGCUGCAUUCGCACCCUAUGGGUGGCUGACAUAGACCCAGAGAGGACGAGCUGUGGCCCCGCUGAACUACCUGGAGAAUCCAACUGCACCUACUUCAAAUUCUUCACCUCUGGGGAGAAUGCAGUCAUAUUCAAGAAGACAACCAACAAGAAGCUGAAUCUCGCAGCAGCCAUCUUGGCUCUUUUGAGUCUGACCAUGAUGGUUAUGGGCUCCAUCUGUAUCGGCAUGUCCCUCAGCAAAGGAGUGCCCUUCUUUCUUAAACCAGCCUCCUUCUGUUUCAUCCUAUCAGGUGUACUGGUCCUUCUCUCUGUGCUGAUAUUCCACCAGUCCGUGCUGGCCUUGCUGUCCAGUGACCACACCGUACCUUUACACCACGAGCUGUCCUGGUCGGUGGCCUGCGUCGGCUCAGCGGGAGCCCUUCUUAUUUUUGGAGGUUUCCUCUUCAUCAUCCUCUCCCUUCCUUUCAGCCCCUGGCAGAAAUGCUUGCCGCACAAGAAUAGCGCCACCUAGCACUGAAAGAUAAUAAAAGAAAGCAUACAGUAUUUUUAAUGUCUUGUUUGAGAACAAGUGGAAAAACGUCCGUUUCCUGAGGGCUGUGCGUUGGCAUUUAAUUUGUCAGAGAAGUCACACAAGGUCUUAAUUAAAUGUCUAAAGAAACACAUUAGAGGCCUCUAGAAUUUGCAAAAAAAUGUAUUUAGUGUUUUUUUAGUAGAGAAUAGAUGGCAGGAGCAACAGAGCUGCUGCUGGCUGGUAAAUCUUUAGCUGUGUUGUGUUUACUUACAAAUAGGCUUGUUAGCCUGUCUAUAGCUGUACAUCCACACAUAAAUCUAGUCCUAUUGCUAGCAUAAGAAGAGUAAAUAAAAUGUUUUAAGACAUUUUUCUAAAAACAAUUGUAGUCUGUAUAA